UGCAGACAACAGAGCAUCUUAGAUUUUUUUAAAGAGCAUGAAAAUCUAUAUUUGUUCUAAAAAUAAAUCGACCAUUUGAUUUCACUCAGCGUCAUAUAUUAAUUAAUGCCGGAACGACACUUAUGUAAUUUGAUAGGAUAUUUCCUUAUGGUUUGAGGAAAAAUCGAGAAUAGCUCACGGAAGCAAUAUUCCAAUAGUACUGGAGUAACGAGGUAUGUUAUAUUCAAAUGAAAACUUGUUUAGAUUAGUCCGAUGGAUUCGAAGUCAUGAAGAACACCUGCCAUUUUUGUAUAACCAGUUUUUAUGUUUUUCUUUUGGGUUGCAUUAUUUGCAUCAAAUGUCAGGAACUCAAUGACUGCAUUAACAGGACCCCUCCGAGGUGCUGCAAGGAUUACUACCAGGAUGGCGGUCUAUGUAAACCUUGUAUUGGCUCCUACGGCAUCAAUUGCUCUAGUGGAGUUUGUUCACCCGGGUACUUUGGACAUGGCUGCAAUGAUAAAUGCCCAUGUGGAACGGUGCUUUGUGAUCCAGAACAUGGGUGUCCAAAAGAUUACGGACAUCAAGUGCACCACUACUGGCUGUUCAUCAUAUUAGGGGUGCUGGCUCUCAACAGCAUUCCCAUUGUCAUAGCAUUUAGUGGAUUUAUCACCAAUGAACACAGGUCUGAAACAUGCAAAGAAACGGAAGGAGAUACCAAAAUCUGUCGAGGUAACGUGUUCUGUAGGAUAAAAUGGUCAAGUGUGUCUUUGGAUUCCUUCUCAAAGUGUUGGAAACGUCCACCUCCUGAUGAUUCUGAUGUAGAGGACGUGAAACAAGGCCUCAGAUUGAGAACCAAGAAACACGGUACUGAAAUCAGUAACGAGAACGUACCCUCGAGAAUGAAAUGGCCAAAUGGUUUCAGAAAUGGUUUCUUAAGGUGUUGGAAAAGUUCGCCCUCUGAUAACUCUGCCGUGGAGAACGAAAAGCAAGAUCAACGAUUGAGCAACACGGAUCAUGAAACUGUUAUACGAGAGAACGUGUUUCAUAGGAUAAAAUGGCCAAAUGUUUCGUUGAAUGGACUCUUUAAAUGUUGGAAAAGAUCUUCUGAUCAUUCUGAUGUAGAGGACGUUGAGCAAGAUCUAAGUAGAUUAGAAAGUUCAAAUAGAGGCGGGGUGUUGAAUCUAUACGUAGACACACAAAAUAAACACGUUAAGAAAGAACAAGUACAGACUGACACAGAUAAUACAACAGACACGUCAAAAGAAGACUACUUUGUAAUGCGCAUGUCCACAGCUCCACCAAAGGAAACGGCCCACCAUUUCACAGGGCGAGAGGAGGAAGAUGACGAGGAGGAGGAUAUUGACGAUGAUCAGGAACUAGUCUACGUAGAAAUGAAUUUACAGUGACGUGAAUAAGUAGAUAAAAAUUGGGUUGUGUAUUUAGUGCCUGUCACCUUCAAAUGACUGAGAGCGAUGUGUGUUCAUCCUAGUAGAUUUGAGUAUCAGUUGGUUUAGUUUAUUCAAUGGUUGGUGUAUUCAGAUAAUAAGGUUAAGUACGUAUAAGUUUUAUGUAUCAUGCGAUUAAAAUAAAUGAAUUGUUUAUAAAUUGAGAUAAUUAGAUUUGAUUUAUUAAAGCAAUUAAGCUUUUCCCUAAUUCAAUAAGGAACAUUUUGAUUUAUUUAAACAGCUGAAAUUCAAUACAUAAUUUAAUCUAAUUAAAAAUUCUAAUAAAUUGAUAGCCUCACUUGCAAAAUUACCAGGUACAUGCAUGAAUUACAUGCGAAGUUGUCCCUUUUAUAACAAUCUUCACUUCUUUUAAAAUUCCAUUAAAACAGUCAUGAUAUUUGGUGUCUUUAGUUAAAAACAUUAUCAUUAAACAUUAUAACAAAACAAAACUUAUCACCACAUAUCAUUUUUUCAUUUACUUUUAGGAACAUUUCAACUUUUUCAACUCGAUGUUUGUGCCAAAUAUUUGUUUUUAAUCUCUGUAUAAAAAUUAUUUCUUGAUCAUUUGUUUACAUAAAGUAAUUUUGCUUCGAUCCGCUUAUGUAAGGUUGAGCUUAAUUUAGAGAAAUUUAGUAAAAAUCAAAUUAACAAUGAAAUCAAAGCCCACCAAGAUGACAUACUUCAAAGUUCACUGAUUUAAUUAUUGUAUUCGGAGGUAAGUUAUUUCCGAAAUUAAGAUCAAACGCGAGAAGAGAAAUCUUAAUCUAAAGAUGAAAUUUGAGCUGUUUGAAACCACAGUCCGUGCGACAUUGAGAAAAUACAUUUAGAAUUCAUAAAAAUGUUCUCUGUGUUACAAAAAAUACAAAUACGUCUAUGGUGUAUUUUGAAACCGGCAGGAUGCCUUUGAAGACUGUACGCUAUUUUCGGAUUUUUAAGUUUUGGUUUAAAGCACUACAAAGUGAAAACUGUAUCAUAAGGUCAUGCUAUGGCAAAAUGUUAGAAGAGUGUGAACACAAAUGGAAAAAUGUAUCAAACCGGGUGUCAAAUAUCAAAGACAAAUUGUUUUAAAUUAGUUUAGGCUACAUCUGGGUUGACCAAGACAAAAUAUGUUACAAAAGCAAUUUUUUUU